AUGAGGAUCGACUCCCGGUUCUCCGCCAUUUUGAUUGGACUUCGUUUUGAGAAAGGAAUGGGAACCGGAAUCGCCGUCGUCCACUACUACAAGAUGAGGAUAGACUUCCGCUGUGGAUGCAAACAACUUCAUUGCCAAAAACAUAGCUUUCGAGAACUCAGCAGGGCCGAUGAAAAAGCAAGCGGUGGCGUUGAACGACAAUUCUAUGGGGACAGCACCAUCUCCGGAACAAUCGAUUUCAUAUUCGGUGAUGCGUCGGUGAUUUUCCAGAAUUGCACGUUCCUCGUCCGGAAGCCACAAAAGGGAAAGCAAAACGUUAUUACGGCACAAAAGAGAAAUGAUAGUAAAGAGCCGACGGGGAUUGUUAUUCAUGGCGGCCAAAUCAUUCCUGCUCCUGAGUUUUCUCCGGUGAAGAAACAGUUCCCGGUAUACCUUGAUCGCUCGUGGGGGACUCUGUCAACAACGAUUAUAAUGGAAACUUACAUCGAUGAUAUGGUGCACCCAGACGGUUGGACAGACAUGGCAUCGGCUUUGGGAACCAAAAACUGCAAGUACCUCGAGUUCAAAAACAGUUGGCCUGGUGCUGCCACAUCCAAGCGAGUUAAAUUACCUGGAGUUAAGAUGAUGACGGAGGGGAACGCUGCUCAAUACCUUCCUCCUAAGUUCUUCGACGCCGGUGAUGUCUGGAUCAAGCGUUCUGGGGUUCCCUGCACUUAA